AUGGUUCUUCAUAAAAAAAGUUCUAUUUAUUUACAUUACGAAGUCAGGAGUGCUUGUCAUUGCGCAAGUAUUGAUGUGAUUAUAUUUCCCCGUGAAACUAAUCAUCACAUUGAUGACAGUUAUUCUAGUAUUUUAAUCAUCGACAUUAUGAAGCUCGUUUUUGUUGAAGGAAAUUUCUAA